AUGAUCGCCACUGGCGGCCUCCUGCGGAUCAACGCACGGCGACAAGACUCACUGCGGUCCAAAACACACAAACCACACACACACAAGAAGAAGAGCAAGAAAAAGAGCAGGAGCCAGGUGGUGGUGGUGAAGGGGAAGCUGAAGCUGUUCUCGCUGUCGGGUCUCGUGGCGGCGCUCGGCAUCAUGGUCCUGCUGGUGGGCGUUGUCAUGGCAACGCUGGGCUACUGGCCGAGGGACGGGCUGUUCUUCAGCAGCCGGCCACAGGAGGGCGCCACGCUCGCCUCCGUGUCCUCACCUGACGUCCAGGCAGGAGGAGGUGAUGAAGUAGGAGGAGGUGAUGAAGGAGGAGCAGGAGGAGGAGGAGGAGGUGAUGAAGGUUUCAACCGAACAGAGAGCAUCAACAGGACGAAUCCUCAAAGUUUUCUGGAGGAUUUCCUCGACAGGUAUCUUUGCUCUGAUUGGCUGAAGGUUCUGGGGCCCCUCAUCAUGGGCGUUGGGAUCUUUCUGUUCAUCUGUGCGAACGCCGUUCUUCACGAGAACCGCGACCGGCAGACGAAGGUGAUCGACCUGCGUGACAUUUACUCCACCGUCAUCGACCUGCACCGCCUCCGCCCCCCCGCCCCCCCCUCGGCCAAUCCGCUCAACGGCCUCGUUAACUACGUCCAAUCAAAGAGCCUGGAGACCAAGUCCCGCCCCCCCCCCUCCCUGCUGGGCGGCAGGCGGGGGGACGAGCUGUUGUCCCACCAACCGUUACCAAGCAGCAGCGGAGGAGGGGGGGGGGACACUGUGUUCAGUAUUUAUGGGGGACAGCAAGACGGCCCCCCCCCUCCUCCUCGCUAA